AUGCCCGCCAUGCCCGCCAUGCCUCCCAUGCCUACGAUGCCGGAAAGUUCAAGCAGCGUCGGGCGAUUUGUUACAGGGCCAUUGACCUCCUCAGCACCCUUGAGCUCAGUGUCCAUGGGUGAGUUGGUGGCUGCCAUGCGAGAGGUGGUCAGGGCUGAAGCCACACCAGAGGGCUGGCAGGCUGAACGACAGAAGUUGGAGCGAAAGGCUUCACUGCUUGAAGAACAGCUGCGCUCCUCUAAAAUUCACCAGGAGCAGUUGAGGGAAGCGAUGAGGGCGCAACAUGCGCAGCUGGCCGAAGCACAGAUGAUGGCGCAGCAGAUGCGAGAGCACCAACUCCGUUUGGAUGGUGACCGACAGAUGAGGGAGCUGGAGAUCGAGGCAUCUCGAAGAGCCCUGGAGGCCGAACUGCGGCAAGCCACGUCUGAGGCGCAACAGCUACGAAUGUUGCAGGAGCAGCUCACCAUAUCUUUGGACCAUCAGCAGAGGGCCGAAAACACUGCGGCGGCCGCCUCUGGCAGUGCUGCAUCCCUGAUGGCGGCCGAGGCGCGCCUUGCUGAGCAUGUCCAAAUGGUGGCAACGCUGAGGCAGCAGCUGCAGACAAUGACCGAAUCACAGACAACAGAGGCCAUCUCCAUCUGCAGAGGCGUUUUGGCAGUGGCAUAUGUGAACCUGGAAAGCAGCCUGCCCAAGAAUCCGGAUGCCUUAGUGGCGGCAGAGGCGGUUUGUCGUCGCUUGAGGGCUGCUUGCCGCAACUGUGGCCGUAUCUUCGAGCAGCAGAUGCAACUGGCCAAAAAGGCCAAUGGCGAGGCACAAGCGCUGGAUUUCGAGGUGAUUGAGAGCAAGAGCCGAGCUGAGAUGGGUCCGGAAGUCCUCCCAGAUCUGGGGGCAGCCCAUGCACUGCAGGCGCAAAAGCAAAGUACAGAAACCGAGAGGCUGCAGGCGGAUCUACGAGCGUGUGAGCAGAAACUUGAAGCACUUGAAGCAGAAAGGAAGCUACACGAAGACUCGGCUGCGCAGCUUUUGUACCAGCAGGAAGAGAUAGCACUGCUGCGUAAACAGCUGGAAGAGGAACGCAAGAGUCUUGAAGAGGCCCGAAACGAGGAAGCUCGGCUCCUUUCCAAACAAGCAGAGCAAGAGAGAAGACACCAGGAAGAAUCAGCCAAACGCCAACAGGAAGACAUAUUGCGGCAAGAGCAGGAAAAGGAAGCGAGAAGGCAGCAGGAAGAGGCAGCAAAGCGCCAGCAGGAGGAAUUGCGGCAGGAGCAGGAGGAUGAAGAGAGAAGACAGCAGGAAGAGGCAGCAAAGCGUCAGCAGGAGGAAUUGCUGCGACAGGAGCAGGAGGACAAAGAGAGAAGGCAGCAGGAAGAGGCAGCAAAGCGUCAGCAGGAGGAACUGCUGCGACAGGAGCAGGAGGAGGAGGAGGAGGAGAGAAGGCAGCAGGCAGAAGCAGCACAGCGCCAGCAGGAGGAAUUGCUGCGGCAAGAGCAGGAGGAUGAAGAGAGACGGCAGCAGGAAGAGGCAGCAAAGCGUCAGCAGGAGGAAUUGCUGCAGCAGGAGCAGGAGGAGGAAGAGAGAAGGCAGCAGGAAGAGAGAAGGCAGCAGGAAGAGGCAGCAAAGCGCCAGGAGGAAUUGCUGCGGCAGGAGCAGGAGGAUGAAGAGAGAAGGCAGCAGGAAGAGGCAGCAAAGCGCCAGCAGGAGGAAUUGCUGCGGCAGGAGCAGGAGGAGGAAGAGAGAAGGCAGCAGGAAGAGGCAGCAAAGCGCCAGGAGGAAUUGCUGCGGCAGGAACAGGAGGAGGAAGAGAGAAGGCAACAGGAAGAGGCAGCAAAGCGCCAGCAGGAGGAAUUGCUGCGGCAGGAGCAGGAUAAAGAGAGAAGGCAGCAGGAAGAGGCAGCAAAGCGUCAGCAGGAGGAACUGCUGCGACAGGAACAGGAGGAGGAAGAGAGAAGGCAACAGGAAGAGGCAGCAAAGCGCCAGCAGGAGGAAUUGCUGCGGCAGGAGCAGGAGGAGGAAGAGAGAAGGCAGCAGGAAGAGGCAGCAAAGCGCCAGGAGGAAUUGCUGCGGCAGGAACAGGAGGAGGAAGAGAGAAGGCAACAGGAAGAGGCAGCAAAGCGCCAGCAGGAGGAAUUGCUGCGGCAGGAGCAGGAGGAGGAAGAGAGGAGGCAGCAGGAAGAGGCAGCAAAGCGCCAGCAGGAGGAGCUGCUGCGACAGGAGCAGGAGGAGGAAGAGAGAAGGCAACAGGAAGAGGAAGCGAAGAAAGAAGAAGCGCUUAGACAGAAGCGGGCAGAAGAAGAGCAAAAAGAGAAGGAGGAGCAGGAGCGGAAGAAGAACGCGGACAAGGACAAACAGAAGUCAGAGACGCAGAAGGGCCUGUUCGAUGAUGACGCUCCAAAAACGGCGAACCGGCCCAAGCGAACGUCGCUGUUCGGGGAUGAUGACGAUGACGAGGUGUUUAUGGCAAAGCCAAAGAAGACACCGUCACCCAAAGCCAGGGCAUCGUUCUUCUGCGACGAUAGCGAUGAUGAUCUCUUUAAGCCAAAGAAAUAA